AUGGUGCAAACAUAUCAAAGCCCGGUUCGCGUCUACAAAUAUCCGUUUGAAAUUGUCAUGGCGGCUUACGAGAAACGUUUUCCAACUUGCCCACAGAUUCCGAUAUUUGUUGGCUCAGAAAUCACAUAUCAGUAUCAUUCGGACGAUGGCGCCGAGGAAGUGAUUGAGCGUUUAUGCCAGCUAAACAUUAAUUUGCCCUACCUCGUCAAAAAAAUAACCGGUGUUGAUUUCUUGUACUUCAAACAGAAGAAUUCAUUGGAUAGGCGGAAACGUACGCUUAUUAUAGAAGCGACAAAUGUCUCACUCGCACCAAGAAUUGAUGCCAAAGAAACAUGCUUCUAUUACGUAUGUGCUUAUCAUUGCUUGUUAGUGGAUUAUUGUGCUACAGAAGUAUGCUAUAAAUAUGCAAAUUUUGAGGUGCACCCAGAAAACAAUAAUUGGACUUGUUUCGAGCAAAGUGCCUCGUUGGAU